GUGGCGGCGGCGGCAUGGCGGAACCGAGCGGGGCCGAGACGAGGCCCCCCAUUCGGGUCACCGUCAAGACACCCAAGGACAAGGAGGAAAUCAUGAUCAGCGAUCGAGCCUCGGUCAAGGAGUUCAAAGAGGAAAUCUCCCGGAGGUUUAAGGCUCAGCAGGAUCAGCUGGUCCUGAUCUUCGCAGGCAAGAUCCUCAAGGACGGGGACACAUUGAACCAGCAUGGAAUCAAGGAUGGGCUUACUGUCCAUCUGGUCAUCAAGACCCCUCAAAAGGCUCAAGAUCCGGCUGCUACCACUGCGUCUUCCCCCUCUACUCCAGACCCUGCCUCAGCACCCUCCACCACGCCUGCUUCACCUGCCACCCCUGCCCAGCCCUCCACCUCUGGCAGUGCCACUUCGGAUGCUGGCAGUGGAAGCCGGAGGAGCAGUGGGGGGGGUCCCUCUCCAGGGGCUGGGGAGGGCCCUCCCAAUGCUACCGCAUCCAUACUCUCUGGCUUUGGGGGCAUCCUAGGCCUGGGCAGCCUGGGUCUGGGCUCAGCCAACUUCAUGGAGCUGCAGCAACAGAUGCAGAGGCAGCUGAUGUCCAAUCCUGAGAUGCUGUCACAGAUCAUGGAGAACCCCCUGGUUCAAGACAUGAUGUCUAACCCUGACCUGAUGCGCCACAUGAUCAUGGCCAACCCGCAGAUGCAGCAGCUGAUGGAGCGGAACCCUGAGAUCAGCCACAUGCUCAACAACCCCGAGCUGAUGAGGCAGACAAUGGAGCUUGCUCGAAAUCCAGCCAUGAUGCAGGAGAUGAUGCGGAACCAGGACCGGGCCCUCAGCAACCUGGAGAGCAUCCCUGGAGGGUAUAAUGCCCUCCGUCGCAUGUACACUGACAUCCAGGAGCCCAUGUUCAGUGCUGCCCGGGAACAGUUUGGCAACAAUCCCUUCUCUUCCCUGGCCGGGAACUCCGACAGCUCAUCUUCCCAGCCUCUGCGGACUGAGAAUCGAGAGCCCCUCCCUAACCCCUGGAGCCCCUCGCCCCCCACCUCCCAGGCCCCCGGGUCCGGUGGGGAGGGCACCGGAGGAUCGGGGACCAGCCAGGUGCACCCGACAGUCUCGAACCCCUUUGGGAUCAAUGCGGCUAGCCUGGGGUCAGGGAUGUUCAACAGCCCAGAAAUGCAGGCCCUGCUCCAGCAGAUCUCAGAGAACCCCCAGCUGAUGCAGAACGUGAUCUCUGCCCCCUACAUGCGCAGCAUGAUGCAGACACUCGCCCAGAACCCUGACUUUGCUGCUCAGAUGAUGGUGAACGUGCCACUCUUCGCGGGAAACCCCCAGCUUCAGGAGCAGCUCCGCCUGCAGCUCCCCGUCUUCCUGCAGCAGAUGCAGAACCCGGAGUCACUCUCCAUCCUUACAAAUCCCCGCGCCAUGCAGGCGCUGCUGCAGAUCCAGCAGGGAUUGCAGACUUUGCAGACUGAGGCCCCUGGGCUGAUACCCAGCCUUGGCUCCUUCGGGAUGUCCCGGACCCUCGUACCCUCAGCAGGCAGCAAUGCCGGGCCUGUGCCUGAGGCUCCCACCUCCUCACCAGCCCCACCAGCCACUUCUCCCACUGGGGCUUCCAGUGCUCAACAGCAGCUCAUGCAGCAGAUGAUCCAACUUUUGGCAGGAAGUGGAAGCUCCCAGGUGCAGACGCCGGAAGUGAGAUUCCAGCAGCAGCUAGAGCAGCUCAACGCCAUGGGCUUCAUCAACCGCGAGGCUAACCUGCAGGCCCUGAUUGCCACAGGAGGGGACAUCAAUGCGGCUAUUGAGAGACUCCUGGGCUCUCAGCUCUCCUAAUCCUGUGGCCUGUGCCUCCUGCUUCUCCCUUCCCUGGAUGCCAGGCAUUGGUUCCUGUCAGCUCCUUCCCUCUGCAGCUUGUCAUCCUUCUGUCUUCUUCCUGUUCUCUCCAGACAGCAGGGUGGCUUUAGAGGUGUGGACCCCAACCCGGUAGCUCUGUCUGAGAAUUUUGGUUCUACUGCUACAUCUCUUACAGAAUCUUUUCUCCUGGUCCUGCUUGAGCAGAACUAUUGAAAUGGUUUUCAGAGUUUUAUUGAUUGGCUCCACAACCACCUUUGCAAUCUUCCAACUUCUCAGUGGCAGCACAGAGUUGAAGGAGGAACCAACACUCUGGUUUAUUGGAACAUGGUCUUUCACCUAUACCACUAGGAUUUUGCUUGUAUUAUGUUUGCUUUUGGUAACUUUCUUCCUUCUUUCUUUCCUCAUCCCCUCUCACCUCCAACCUAACCAGUGCUAGAACUUCAUACUCUGAAGGAGAGGCAGAUGAAGCAGGCUGAAAUUUUCUUCCUCACUCCCUAGUCUGGACAUCCAGCACUUUUAAUGGGGUCGUUUGGGACUUCCAGGGGGAGGAAGAUGCCUGUUCUUCCUGUCUGAAGGAGGAGAUAAGACACAGCCCUCUGAACAAGGGUAUAACAAGCCCAGUGGAGAUUAGUAUACAGGAGGGCAUGAGAUUUCUGGAGGAAGAGAGUGGGUAAAAUAGACUGAAUAAAAGGAUUGGAAGUUGGAAUUUGCAGUUAGGGAGUGGAAGAACUAAUUGUUCUUUUAGGCAGGGGAGUCCUGGCUCAGGCCUGGCAGAGGAGACAGAUGCUAAUGGAACUUGAGUUGAAAGGGCCUCAGUGAAGCUAAGCAAUAUGGCUCACAAGGGGCCACACUGGCUCCAUUUCCUCAAACACACAUGCUAUGUACACACUCACACACAUUUCUGUGAACCCAGGACCUACCUGUGUCCCCAAGUACCAGUGAUUGGAGCCCCCCUCAAAAGAAAUGAAGUAGAGUGGGGUCUGUUUCAGCAGUGAGUGUGUGUGGGUUGAGUGGAAGGGUGGAUUCUUUACUGAUUUCUGGUUCAGAGCUCCUCCCACCAGAGAAGUAGGCAGAGGGCUAGUCCAGGACAGGAAUGCAUACAGACCAAGGAGCUAUGCCCCUUGGGCCUCUAGAUGCUGGGUAACCCAAGGGUAGUGUGGACACUCCUGAAGCUGCCAGGGCUGUGAUCAGCACCAUUACACUCCUCUCAUAGUUGCUUUCAGGGAAUGGUAGAAGGGUCUUUCUCUCUGGAACCCUUGGCCUUUGGCAUUCUAGCUCCUGCCCUUUGAGUUCUUCACUAUUUCCCUCCAGGCUAGAAAGUUCCAUCUGAAAAAGGAAAGGAGAGGGUGACCAUGCUGCCUUGGAUCUGGAAUUGGGGAUGACUCUACUGGAGCACAGAGGAGGCUCAUAUCACCUCCUCUCUCUGCUACUUAGCCCGGUAGCUUGGAGGACCCAUGGCUGAGACUAUGGAGGCAUGAAAAACAGAAUUUUCUCCAAGUGGGAAAGGGCCCCAAGCAAUCCAGAGAGGAUGUCCGCGUGGCUUCCCUCCAUCCUUCCCUCAGCUCCCACACUGGCCUUUGUAAAUAA